AUGACAAUGUUAAUUCAUUCGGAGAGGAAUAAAUCUGGGCCCAACACAGACUCUUUGGCUGAAGCUAUAGCAAUUGCUAACCAUCAUGAUGGAGUUACUGGUACAGAGAAGCAGCAUGUGGCAUAUGAUUAUGCACUACGACUUGCAAUAGGUUACAAGGAGGCAGAGAAUGUGGUUGCAGAAUCACUUGCUGGCAUUGCAAACUUGACAUCAAAAACUGGUUGGAGUCCGCAGACUAAGUUUCAUCAGUGUCCACUGCUGAAUAUAAGUUAUUGUCCUCCAUCAGAAGUUGAUCCGUAA